AUUUCUGAAGACAGCACCGCGCAUGCGCCCCACUCAGUCCCCAGUAUCCUGUUUGAAGAGCGAUGAGAUGAUUUUAUGGUCGAACACAUAGUUUUGAAGGUGGGACGAGUGCUGCCGCCAGCCAUUAAACUACAACCAGCAGAAACUGGGCUCUGAGUCGUCAGCUGUCAAAACAAAAACCACUUCAGGUUGAGAACCAGGAGGGAUGAGGCAGAAGCAGAUGAUGCUUUGGGUUUUUGAAGAAGAGCCUCAUGAAAUUUAAUUAAAAUGAAGUGACAUAAUAGAGUGCUGCCGCCAGCAGACUCCAGUAAAGAACAACCAUCAGAAACUGGGCUCUGAGUCUUCAGGUGUCGAAACAAAGACCACUGAGACAGAAGCAGAUGAUGCUUUGGGUUUUUGAAGAAGAGCCUCAUGAAAUUUAAUUAAAAAUGAGCAACAUGACCCAAGGUGCUGUUUUCAAUCCCAGAUUUCAGCUGCAUGUAAUAGUGGUUCCUGCAGAUGUUCAACAGCUGACUAAAGAAGAGUCCCCUGAAGAAUGGAGUCCUGGUGUGGACCAGCAAAAUUCAGUACCGCUCCACGUAAAGGAGGAACUAGAGGAAGUGUGCACCAGUCUGAAGGAAGAGCAGCUUGAAGUGAAAGAGACAGAUGACAUCAAAUGUUCAUUCACCACAAUUCCUGUCAAAUGUGAGGAUGAUGAAGAGAAACCUUUGUUCUCACAGCUUCAUCAGCAUCAAAUGGUAGACGGAGAUCUUCCAACCAGCAGCUCAGUUGAUCAGAUAACGGCAGCACCUGGAGGAGUAGAAACCAGCAUUAACCCAGAUCUAAAUAAUCACGAAGACGAUUUCAGCUCCUCAGAGACUGAGGUCAGUGAGGAUGAUGAAGAUGGGAGCAAUUCUGAUACUAAGUGUAAACUCUUGUCAGAUUGUGGGUCAAAAACAGAAGACGGUGACCGAAAUGAGAGCAGAUCCUCUGAAACAGGUGUGAAAACUGUCAGCAAAUCAUUCAGCUGCUCUGAGUGUGGGAAGCAGUUUGUUAGCAACCGGUCACUUCAGAGACACGUUGUAUGCCAUUUAAAAAUAACAUCUUCGAACUAUGUGGUGAAAAAUACUUGUUUAAGAGUGAAUAAAUCUAUAGACUUCCACAGGAAAGGCAAGAGAGGGCAGAAUUUAUUUUGUUGUGAUGAAUGUGGUAAAAGAUUUAUCAGAAGGGGUCAUCUACAUACACACAUGAGAGUCCACACAGGACAGAAACCAUUUGGUUGUGGUAUCUGUGGAAAAAGAUUUAGCAAUAAGAGUAAUUUAAAGCCACACAUGAAAAUUCACACAGGACAGAAGGAAUUUAGUUGUAAUGUUUGUGAACAAAGGUUUAUCAAAAAGAUCAAUUUAAAUACGCACAUGAAAACCCACACAGGACAGAUGCCAUUUAGCUGUGGUGUUUGUGGACAAAGUUUCACUCGAAAGACAUCUUUGGACAUACACAAGAGAAUCCACACUGGACAGAAACCAUUCAGUUGUAAUGUCUGUGGACAAAGUUUUGUUCGAAGGACAACUUUAAACAGACACAUGAGAAUCCACACAGGACAAAAACCAUUCAGUUGUAAUGUUUGUGAACAAAAGUUUUGUGAUAGAAGAAACCUAAUCUCACACCGGAGAGUCCACACUGGACAGAAACAGUUUGGUUGUGAAUUUUGUGAUAAAAGAUUUACUAGAAAAGAUAAUCUAACCAGACAUAUCAGAGUCCACACAGGACAUAAACUACUUAGUUGUGAGGUUUGUGGACAAAUGUUUCCUGAAAAGACAUCUUUAAUUACCCAUGAGAGAAUCCACACUGGAGAGAAACCAUUCGGUUGUGAAGUUUGUGAGGAAAGGUUUUCUCGUAAGACAAGUUUAGAUGCGCAUAUGACAAGUCACACGGGACAGAAACUGUUUGGUUGUGGUGUUUGUGGACAAAGGUUCGCCCAAAAGAAACAUUUAGGCACUCAUGUUAGAAUUCACACGGGAGAAAAACCAUUCAGCUGUGAUGUUUGUGGACAAAAUUUUACCCGAAACGGAACUUUGAGUGCACACAUGAGAAUUCACACAGGUCAGAAACCAUUUGGUUGUGAAGUCUGUGAACAAAUGUUUAACAGAAAAGCUAAUUUAGACCGACACAGAAGGGUCCACACAGAGAAAAAUACAUUUGGUUGUGACGUUUGUGCUCAAAGGUUUAGCCAGAAGAGUAAAUUAAACAAACACAUGAGCAGUCACACAGGACAAAAUCUGGUUUUGACUUUGGUGGAUGAAAGUGUAACUAAACUAUUUAUGCAGGAAACAGGAAGCAGCAGUUAGCAAUAGAAAGAAGAUAUCGAUAAGCUGAAAUACUGCAAUAUUUCGUAUUACAAUACUGAAUUAAUAUUCAAAAGCAGUGCAUUUAUUUUUAUUGAGAAUUUACAUGCAAACAUUUACCAUAUAUGCUAUGUCUGCUGCAGUUCAAGCUCCCGACUGCUAGGUGGCAGCAGUUUCUACUGUCCUAAUUUGGACAGAACAAUGAGAUAUCAUGUUUAUCAUAGACAUGAAUACGUAGACGCCACAUACGGAGCCUAUGUCUCCUCCCUUUCCGGUCGGCUCAUGGGUCCUCGGGGCUAAAAACUGUAUUUUCUAAAUUUCUUUGCUUUAGACCCUGGAUCACACAUAUGUUGUACUGCAAUUUAAAUGAAAACUAAUGAUGUGUGUUUCGACCAUGCCAGUCACGUACUUUGAGGUUUAUCGGCUUAUAAAAGUUCGUAAUUAGCAUGACUACACACCAGAAAUCGGCACGUCGCAUAUGUGACGUCACCACAUAAACUCCUCUCCCCUAACGUAGCUGCUAUUUACCAAAUGGCCAGAUUUAUGGUGGUUCUUUCCUCCUGUGGGAAGUUUGCCAAAUGUAGAGCCAUUUGCCCUCAGUGUUCGUUUGAUGACAUCACUUUCGUGAAGCGCAUUUGUAGUCCUGGACUUAUUUUCACACAAAACCUAAAAUAGCGUUUUCCCUAUUAAAAAAUAAGCGUGUUCUUGGCAUCAAAAUGUGUCGUUAAAAUUCACGGGCAUCAUAUGUGAAACCAUGGCACAAAACAAGCGGAAUUAGAAAAUAGCAUUUUUAGCCCCAUUGACUUGCUUGAUUGUUUUGUUCUUCUGGGGAUCUAUGGUCUGGAAGUAGAUGGGUGUGACUUAGAUUCCCUAUAGGGUGCUGUUGAAUGAAACAGCGUUGCCGCCGUGUUGGAUGGGUUCCUUACUCUCCAAACCCAACUGGAGUCAAUGCAAAAUGAGCGACCAUGCUCAUUUUUUGUGCUGCCUACGGUUGCAACAACCGGCGUGUUGAAAACAGAUCACGUGGGAUUACUAUUGACUUUUCCAGCCUACCUGUUAGGAUUAUUUAUUUUAACUUAUUUUAUUUUAUUUAUAUUUUGACUAUCAUGCCAUACCAUAUGUCUAAUUUUGUGAAAAAGCAUGAUAAAAUGUGCUUUUUUCGGGGUGAAUGGAGACCUAGCCAAGAUGGCGGCCAGCCACUACCACAGCUCCAAUAGGCAGCGCCAGUCUACGGGACAUCAUCAGAAGUGUCUUUUAAGUUUUUGGCCUGAGUUUUCCAAUUAAAUUCAGUCUUAAAAACAUUAUUUGUCCUGAAGUUUGUAAGUUAAUAGUUUUUGUUUUUAUUAACAAAUGUUAGUAAAUAAUAAAAAUAAUGUUUGCUUAGUAAGACGCUACCUUUAUUUGUAGCGUCUUACAACUGUGGAUGCAGCAAUGGAGUGAAUUAACUUAACAUGCAUGUUUUUUGUCUGUCGGAGGAAACUGGAGUACCUGGAGGAUGGACCCCCCCCC